CCCAGAGCAUGCCGUGACACCGUGUCACUGCAGCCGUCCUGGACUGGUGACAUUGGCUGAGCCCUGAGCCUGGCACAUGCUGUGACACUGGGUGACCAAACCGCCCUGUGCCGUGACUCUUGGGUGAGCCCUGAGCCUGGCAGGUGCUGUGACACUGGCACACCAAAGCCACCCCGGACUGUGACCAGCGAUCAGCCUGGCACCUGCCACCGGGUGACCAAAGCCACCUUGGGCUGUGAUACCAAGGGACCAAGCCACUUUGCACCAUGACACCUGGUGAGCCCUCAGCCUGGAGCCUGCUGUGACACUGUCACUGAAAGCCACCCUGGACCGUAGCACCGGUGAGCCCUGAGCCUGCACCUGCUGUGACUCUGUGUGACCGAAGCCACCCCGUGUUGUGACGCUGGGUGACCAAGCCACUCCACACCGUGACACCAUGUGACUGAAGCCUUUCCCCGCUCUCCACGCCGCGUGUCCCCAUCAUGCCACCAUCCCGUGCCCCGAGCGUGGCCGUGCGUGUCCCCAUGGGGCCGCUGUCCCUGCUGCUGGCGCUGUCCCUGCUGUCCCCAUGGGGGUCUGCGGGAGGGAGCUGCCCCCCGCGCUGCGUCUGCGCCUCCAACCUGCUGAGCUGCUCGCAGGCCAACCUGAGCGCGGUGCCGGCUCCGCUGCCGCGCUUCAUCGCCGUGCUGGACUUGAGUCACAACAACGUGACCCGGCUGCGCGCGGACUGGGCUCCGGCACGGCUGCCGCACCUGCACGCGCUGCUGCUGAGCCACAACGGGCUGGCCUUCGUGUCCACCGAGGCCUUCACCCACGUGCCGCGCCUGCGCCACCUCGACCUGUCCUCCAACCGCCUGCGGACGCUGGACGAGAACCUGUUCAGCGACCUGGGCGAGCUGGAGGUGCUGCUGCUGUACAACAACGAGAUCGCCACGGUGGAUCGCACGGCCUUCGAGAACCUGGGCCGGCUGCGCAAGCUCUACCUGGGACAGAACCGCAUCGCCCGCUUCCCGCUGGAGCUGCUCCGGGAGGGCACCCGGCUGCCGCAGCUGGCGCUGCUGGACCUGUCGGCCAACCGGCUGCGGGCCGUGCCCGUGGGAGAGCUGCAGGCGCUGCCCGCCUGGCUGCGCGACCGCCUCUACCUGCACAACAACCCCCUGGCCUGCGACUGCCCGCUCUUCCAGCUGCUGGACCGCGGCCGCCGCCGCCACCUCAGCGCCGUGGAGGAUUUCCAGGAUGAGCUACGCUGCUCCCUGCCCGGAGCAGCCACUCUCAUCAAGAUCCUGGACCUGGCGGGCAAGCAGCCUCUCAACUGCAGCAAGGCACGGGAGGCCGUGCUGGAGGCGCACCUCGGGGACACGGUGACGCUGGGCUGUGACAGCCGGUGGCAGGGUGUGCGCAGCCGCCACUGGGUGACACCGGGCGGGGAGCGGGUGCUGGGGGACGGGGGCAACGGCAGCGUGGUCCUGCUGGCCAACGGCAGCCUUCAGCUACGGGCGCUGCGCCCUGAGGAUGCCGGCACUUACUCCUGCUGGGUGGCCGGACCCCUCCUCAACGAGACCCUCUACGUGGAGCUGCUGGUGCACAACUUCACCCUGCACGGCCCCCACGACACCCUGAACACGGCCUACACCACUCUGGUGGGCUGCAUCCUGAGCGUGGUGCUGGUGCUCAUCUACCUGUACCUCACCCCGUGCCGCUGCUGCUGCUGCCGUGGCACCGAGAAGCCGCCGGCACCGCGCGACGACAGCAUCAACUCCUCGGUGCUGAGCACCACCCCGAACCACGCCGGGGGCACCGGGGAGCCCUGCGGAUCCCACAUGGCCUCCAGCGGCGGCACAGGGCAGAACGGCAGGUUCAAGGGUGGGGGGAGCCCCCCGCUGCCCGCCCGGCAGGGCCCCAAGGCGCAGAGGAAGGUGUCGGAUCCAGACUCGGUGAGUUCCGUCUUCUCCGACACGCCCAUCGUGGUGUGAGGGGACACUGUGGGGACAGUCCCCAGGGACACCCCAUGUCGGCCACUGCAAGCUGUCCCUGGGCAGGAGGGGUGGCCAGACCCCCACUGCCGUGUCCCCAGCUUGGGGGGUCACGCCAUCACACCCCAGGACUGAGCAUCACUGCCGGCCCCCGCCGAGGCCUCUGACACCAUGCGACAGUGAGGGACAAAGAUGUGACACACGCUUUGGGGACAGUCUCCCACUGUGACCUGUCUCAGGGCAGGAGAGGUGGCUGGACCCCUACUAGCUUUUGGGGGUCCCAUCAUCAUCCCCCGGACCGAGCACCGUCCCACAUCCCCACUGAGAUCACAGUGAGGGACAGGGGUGUGAGGGGACACAGCAUGGGGACAGUCCACCGGGACACCCUGUGUUCCUACUGCUGCUGUGACCUGUUCCCCAUGGACGUGCCAUGGGCAGGAGUGGCUGGGCCCCUACCGCCAUGUCCCAAACUUGGGGGGCAACACCACUGCCUCCCAGGACGGAGCAUCACUGCUGGCCCCCACCGAGGUCACUGCACGAGCGCAGGGGACAAGGACACACCGUGGGGCAGUCCCCCACUGCAGUCUGUCACCCGGCAGGAGGGGUGGCCAGACCCCCACCACCAUAUCCCAGCUUUUGGGGGUCCCACCAUCACCCCUCAGGACUGAGCAUCAUCCCUGGACCCUGCUGAGAUUGCUGGGGGACUGUGAGGGACAAGGGUGUGAGGGGACACAGCAUGGGGAGUCCCCAGGGACAUCCCGUGUCCCCACUGCCACUGCGAGCUGUCCCCAGGCAGGAGGGGUGGCUGGACCCCCAUCACCGUGUCCCCAGUUUUCGGGGAUCCCACCAUCCCCCCUCAGGACUGAGCAUUGUCCCUGGCCCCUGCCAAGGUCACCGGGGGACAGCAGUGGACGAGGGUGUGAGGGGACUCACCAUGGGGACAAUCUCCUGCUGUGACCUGUCCCUGGGCAGGAGGGAUGAUCAGACUCCCACCACCACCGUGUCCCUCGUUUUUGGGGGUGUCACCAUUGCCCCUCAGGACUGAGCAUCACUGCUGGCCCCCGCCGAGGUCACCGCAGGACCACAGGGACAAGUCUGUGAGGACAACGUGGCCACCGACUGCAGGGCAUCAGCCCCACCGGGCUCUGAGGACUGAAGGACAGCGACAGUGGCAGCUGUGAGCCCCCAGGAACGGCAGCACCAGGCAGAACCCCCCUCCCUGCAGCCCCGGCCCCCCUUGGCAUGUGCAUGGCCAAGCAUGAGUCCCCCGGGGAGCAUGUGCCACCCCCGGGGGGACACCGGGGGAGUGUCAACCCCCUGGGGAACCCCCAACACCCUCCUGAGCCCCCCUGCAACCCACAGCUGCAAACAGAGCCCCUCCCCCACAGGGGGUGGGACCCGGGGGCUCCAGCACCCCAAAAAGGCGGUGCCCCCCCCCAUGCCAGCCCAGCCUGUGCCUCCCGUGACCCCACCCUGGACGUUCCCCCCCUGCACUGGGCAAUGCCCGCUGAUG